UUCGCAGAUCCUCAGUUGAGAACGAACUCUGGAGCAGGAAUGUCGCCAGCUGCCAACUGGGUUCUGCCGAUUUUGCUGUGGCUUCUCUGCGUGGGAUUCCCCAUCCUGCAUGGCGCCGAUCUCUGCCAGCCCAUCGGCUGGCGGAACUUCCAGUGCAACGAAGUCGCCUCUCUGCAGGAUCUGGUGGAUUUGGGCGCCGAAAACUGGCAUACGCUCUCCAUACGGAAUGUGCAAACGGAACUGGAGGUGGGAUCAGGCGAAAAUGCCGAUCACUUGGCCAACUUACUCGACCUGGAUCUGACUGGCGCGGCUCCAAUUAAUGUGCAUACCAGCGGCUUUUCCAUUCUGCCCAAACUGCGGCAACUGAAUCUCAGUGGCUGCGGUCUCGUUGACAUCCGGGGAAAUCACUUUGCACCUGAGUCAGCGCUCCAGCGGAUCGAUUUUAGUCACAAUCAAAUGGAGCUACUGGAUCGCGACUUUUUUGGCAAUCUGAGAAAAUUGAUUUAUGCGAAUUUUUCGCACAAUGCACUCAAGCAAUGCGAUCUGCCGCACAUGCCACUGCUAAAUCGACUGGAAUUGGGGCACAAUCGAUUGGUGAAUGCCACUUUCGGAGUUUGUCCACAGUUGCAGGAGUUGAUUUUGAAUGACAAUCAACUGGCACAGUUGGAUGUGAAUGCCUUUCGUGGACUCCAUGGUCUGCUGGAGCUGCAGCUCAGCGGGAAUAGAUUGAGCUCCAUUGGCCUGGAAACCUUUCAGCCGCUCGCCCAGCUGCGAAAGUUGAACCUUUCCCAGAACGCACUCGAUGCACUGCGUCCAAAUGUGUUUGGGGCUGUGCAGAACUUUGUGUUGCAUCUGCAGCAGCUGGAUUUGUCCGGCAAUCGCAUACGCCUGCUGUUCGACAACCAGUUCCGAGUGCUGGCCAGACUGCAGAUGCUGGAUGUGUCUAGGAACAGCAUCGCCAGCCUCAGUCCUGGUCACUUUGUGGGCUUGGGCUCACUACGGAAGCUGUAUCUGCAGUACAAUGCUAUAUUGGAAAUCAAGCCGGCCACCUUUGCCGCCCUUCUGAACCUGGACACCUUGGAUCUGUCGUACAAUAACCUGGAAUUCCUGGAGGAGCAGAUCUUUGGAGGCAACACCUUGCCGCGCAUGCGAAGGCUCAACCUGAAUGGCAAUCGUAUGAAGCAUCUGCAUCCACUGGCUUUCUCAUCGUUGCCAUUUUUGGAAUACCUAAAACUGGGUCACAACGAACUGAAAUCCUUGGACGUGCGCAUGUUUGCACCCAUGCGGCGUCUUCAGAAGCUCCACUUGGGUCACAAUCUGCUGGAGGAGAUCAACCUCGACGUGCUGGAGAGCCUGAGUAGCGUGCAAGAGAUCCUAGUCGACAACAAUCGCCUUACCUUUCUGUCCAAGGUGAAUGUGAGCUUCCCCAAUCUUAAGCGCGUGUCCAUCGAGGGUAAUCCCUGGCAGUGUCCUUGCUUCGUGAAGCUCCAACGCUGGCUGGCCACCAGGGAUGUGGUCUAUCUGCGCGAUAACACGGGCUACUACAAGGGCGAACGACCCCUGUGCAUAGUGACCAAUGUGGACUACUGCAUUCAGAAUUUGCAGGCGGUACGCCGCCUGGGAAUUUUGGGCGAUUUCCAGGGGGAGCAGGUGGAGGCGGAUGCUUUCGACGACGAUGCCAGUGCAGCUCAAGACUGAUAGUUAUGAUUGCUACCAUUUACUCAUAGUCUUAAUCAAAACUAUUUACCUAGACUAAAUAAAACCGUGCCAAACUGGGAAAACCCUAAAA